AAGCCGAAAAUUUCGGAGUCCCUCCCGCCCUCCCUUGCUCUCGCCGCUAUCCAUUCCCGCACAGCAAAACACCCAAAUCCAAAUCCAAGUCCAAACCCCUCUCCGCCAUUCCUCGAAUUUUCCAUUUUCGAUAUUCAAGCUGCAAUGGUGCGUGAGCUCCGCGCCGACUCCUUCUACGCCCGCCUCCGCGCCGCCGCCGCAGCGGUUUCCUCCGCCUCCCCUCUCCUGAUCCUCCCGUCCGCGGCCGACGCCGACUCGCUCUGCGCGCUCAGGAUCCUCACCCACGUCCUCUCCGCCGACUCCGUCCGCUUCUCCGUCUACCCCGUCGCCUCCACCGCCGAUGCGGCCGAACUCCUCGCCUCCUUCUCCGGCGUCGCCGCGUCCUCAUCCCAGUCGCCGCCGCCGCUCUGCGUACUACUCAUCAACUGGGGCGCGCGCUGCGACCUCCUCCGCGGCGUCCUGCCGCGCGGCUCCACCGCCUUCGUCGUGGAUUCGCACCGCCCCGUGAACCUCCGCAACCUCGCCGCGGGGAACGACCGCGUCGUCGUGCUCUUCACCGCUGAUGACGAGCGCGCCGCCGACCUGUCGUAUGACUUCGACGUGUCCUCCCUUGCCGACGCCUCCGACCUAACGGCCGAGGGGGACGCGGACGACGACCACCUCCGCGCCUCCGAGGAGGAGUCAGAUGCCUCGGAUUACGAUUCCGACGCCGAGGGAGGGAGGAGGAAGAGACGGCGGGCGCCCGAUGACGCGGAGGCGGACGGCGGCGAUCCGGUGAGGCUGUUCGGGAGGCUGCGGCGGGAGUACUACCGGCUCGGCACCUUCCACGGGAAGCCGUCGGGGUGCCUCAUGUACGACCUCGCCCACGCGCUGCGCAGGAACACCAAUGAGCUCCUCUGGCUUGCCUGCGUCUCCCUCACCGACCAGUUCGUCCACGAGCGUAUCACCAGCGAGCGCUACCACGACGCGGGCAUGGAGCUCGAGCAGCACAUCAACGGAUCCGGCAACCUCGAUCCGUCCGGCGUCGGCUCCGUGGUCACGCUCAAGGACGGGACCAGGAUCCGUGCGCCCGAGACCUCCCGCAUCGCCUACGAGGACGAGCCGAGGCUUAUGCUGCUGCGGGAGUGGAGCUUGUUCGACUCCAUGGUCUGCUCCUCUUAUGUCGCGACGAGGCUCAAGACGUGGAGCGACAACGGGCUCAAGAAGCUGAAGCUUCUUCUGGCGAGGAUGGGGUUCCCGCUCGCCGACUGCCAGAAGGGGUUCCAGUACAUGAGCAUGGAGGUCAAGAGGAAGAUGCGCGAUGAGUUUGACCGCUUCCUGCCGGAGUAUGGGCUCACCGAGUUCUACUACCGAAGCUUCCUGCGGGUGCACGGGUACAAAUCCAAGGUCUCUGCUGCGGAUGUUGUGUAUGGCGUCACAGCUUUGCUUGAAUCUAAGAGUGCCGAGUCCAAUGACUCGAAGGAAUGUUCUGCUGCUGGGCAAUUCUGGGUUGCAUACUCUGCGUUGUCUCCGAGCAAUGUGGAUCAGCUGCAAAAAGGAAUGCAAUCUGCCAUUGAGAUACAGAGGGCUAUAUUGAGGCAAGGGAGCUCGGCGAUCACCAAGAGCGGCUUCAUACGGAGCGCAAAGAAGUUCAGGUGGGUGAAGCUCGAUGACCCAGUGGACACGAGCAAGCUGUGCCACCCUCAGGCGCUUACCAAGUUCUGCUUCUUCCUGAUGGAUGCACUGAAGGAACGGGGUGCAAGGAUGAAGCCACUGGUGUGUGCUUGCUUAGGGAGGGAGCCUGAGAAGGUGCUGGUAGUUGGGGUAUGGGGGAAGCCCAGGCUUGGGGCAGUUCAGGGGAAUUCGUUCGGUAAUGCAUUUAGGUCAGCGGCAGAGGAGAUUGGCGCAGACUAUUUCCAUGACAUGUUUGAGUCAUCAUGGAUUGUUCUUGACGUUGUUGCUGUCAGUUCUUUCAUGAUUCGGUUAACGGAGAAGCUGUAAUGAUGGUACGCGCUGGUCUGUGCUAGUUAUCCUUUUUAGCUCCUAAACAAGAAGGGACUUGAGGCUUGAUUCUGCCUCCAAAUAUAGGAGCUUCAGCCCUGGCGGUACAUGACAUGUAUUUUCUCCUUAUCCACCUGAACUUUUUCAUGAUCAUGUUUUGCAGCGAGAAAGGAGGUUUUUCCACUGUUAGCCACUUCAAUUAGCAAAUGAUAGAUCAGUAAAAUUCAGAUGCAAACCUUGUCACACUAUGGAGAUGGACAAGGUAUAUGGUACUGUUGACCUGAUAAUGUACAUUGUAUCUGUGCUUGCAUAAGCACGUGCCUUCUGAUUA